AUGGGCGGGAAGCCGGACGUCAAAGGCGUGUACUUUGUAGCAAAGAGAAGAUCCCACGCCGGAGAAGGCAAGACCAAUGAACCAGCCCUCUCCCCGUCGUUCGGAACGUGCAGCGGCUACUACGAUGGGACCAAGUUCCAUCGAAAUAUCAAGGGGUUCAUGGUCCAGGGUGGGGAUCCUCUGGGCACGGGCAAGGGCGGGGAGAGCAUCUGGGGCGGGCCGUUCCCGGACGAGUUCCACCCGGACAACAAGCACGAUCGAAGGGGGAUGGUAUCGAUGGCAAGCAAGGGACCCAACACCAACAAGAGCCAGUUCUUCAUCACCUACACAAGGCAACCACAUCUCAACAACGUCUACACCGUGUUCGGAAAGGUGUGGGGUCGGAAAAGUAAGCGUUUCAGAGCGUUCAGAGACCCCAAGCGCCAUGUUUGACUUUCGGUUGUGUGGACUGGAAAGGGAGUAGAAGCUCUGGAAUAUGAGCGGCAGUACGCUGUUUUUGUUGAGAUUUGGUGAGGAAACUAGAUCUAGGCCGUGUAGAAAUCGAAGAGAUAUCGAUGAGAAAUCGGGUAGAAUGAUAUUCGUCUGUUUCCGGCACAAGAGGUCAUGCACGUUCAUCCUUUGGCAGGCCUCCUCUUCAUACCCUUGCAGCAGUUUGGAAUAUGUAGGUUAUCACAAGCACAUGUGCGCCGUGGUGAAGUUGCGUGGCCAGCGCUUGUUCACGGCGGCUAACAGUUGCCUCCCUGCAGUACCCGCCUGUGGACCCUGCCUUUGCCCUCUUUGCGCUGUGUUUCUG